CAAAUCGAAAAGUCUACGUUGGCAGUGCAUGAUGGCAGCAUUGCAAAGGGAUCGUUUGGCGAGGUUGCGUUAGCUGAACACAAGUCAAAAGUGGCGAUCAAACGCAUACAUCAGGAUUCCAGUCAUGCUCUCGUUGGUGCUAUGGAGAUAGCCGUGUUGCUUGAACUUGCAAAAACGCCUAAUGACAACCUCAUUCAGCUAGUUGGUUGGUACUUGGACACCGACGCUCUCUGCAUUGUGACAGAAUACACGUCUGGUGGUAACCUUGCUGACUACAUACUGAUGGACUUUUGCGAAUUCGCCAGACAAAUCGCCAAUGGAAUGCAGGUUCUCGAGGAGCGGAAAAUUCAGCACAGAAAUCUGGCUGCUCGCAACAUCCUCCUUGACGCAAAUAAGAGACCGAAGAUUGCUGGAUUUGGACGCAGUCGUCCACAGGGCUCGCACUUCACGUCUGGCGACAUUGCAAUCAAGUGGGCUGCCAUGGAAGUGAUUGAGGAUGGCAGCAAGUACACCCUCUCCUCCGACGUGUGGUCGUAUGGCGUGGUGUUGUGGGAGAUCUACAGCGUGGCUUGUCUGCCGUACAGGGAAGUUGAUGAUUCUCAACUGUUGGAGCACCUGAAGGCAGGGCACCGUCUUGAGCGACCUCUUGACACUCCGGAUUCCAUGUACUCAAUAAUGCAGGAGUGCUGGCGUGAAAGGCCGUCGGACAGACCGACAUUCAGUAACAUCUUCAGUCGACUGAAUAAAAGAAAAAUGUCAAGGCGUUCGCAUGCACUACACCACUAA